AGUUUUGCCGUCUAAUUGAUUUCACUGAUAAUAUAUCUUUAUUUUCUAGAUUUAUUUUAAACCGUUACUAUGGAGUACACUAAUAAGGGUUUCCCUAAACUUAAGAACGACAGAUUAUUAAGAGCUGCAUUAGGACAAGAAGUAGAUAAAGUUCCUGUGUGGGUUAUGCGGCAGGCCGGCAGGUAUUUGCCGGAGUUUCAGAAAGUCCGCGCGCAGCACGAUUUCUUCACUGUCUGUCGGACUCCAGAGCUCGCUUGCGAAGUGACUCUACAACCACUGAGAAGAUACGAACAUAUAGAUGCAUCCAUCAUCUUCAGUGACAUACUUGUUAUACCACAAGCUUUGGGUAUGACUGUGGAAAUGCACCCAGGAUUGGGCCCAGUUUUUCCUAAGCCCCUUGGUGGACCUUCAGAAAUUGAUCAAUUGCAAGAAGAGGGUGCAGUGUCCAGAUUAUUGUAUGUGGGCAAGGCAAUCACUCUUACAAGACACAAAAUAGAAGGAAACGUACCUCUAAUUGGGUUUACAGGUGCACCGUUUACAUUAAUGGGAUACAUGAUUGAAGGAGGAGGCAGUAAGACCAUGUCUAAAACCAAGGAGUGGUUAGAGAACUACCCUAAAGAUGUUCAUAAACUCCUCAGUCUGCUGACAAGAGUCAUUAUUGAUUAUUUAAUCAUGCAGGUUGAUAGUGGAGCCCAGUUGCUACAGGUGUUCGAGUCCAGUGCGGACCAUCUUACACGGGAACAAUUUAUUGAAUUCUCUGCGCCAUACUUGAAAGACAUUAGGAGUGGAGUGCUUCAAAAAAUCAAGGAGAGGAAGUUGGAAAAUGUUCCAAUGACGGUAUUUGCAAAGGGAGGAGGACAUUCUUUAGAUGUGCAAGCUAAACUAGGGUAUGAGACUAUCGGAUUAGACUGGACUGUAGACCCUAUAGAAGCCAGGAAGAUUGUUGGAGACAACAUCACGUUGCAAGGCAACCUUGACCCACAAGAUUUAUAUAAGACUCCGGAGGAAAUCAGACAAAUGACAAUAGAUAUGGUGCGAAAAUUCGGCAAGCACAGAUACAUUGCCAAUUUAGGCCACGGGAUAACCCCGCAGACUCCACUGGAAAGUAUGACGGCAUUUACUGAGGCUGUCCAUGAAGCACUUUAAAAUAAUACACUACAUAUUGUUGGAUUGUUUUAAGAUGUCCGGAUCUUAAAAGCUCUUUCUACCAUUCGGA